AUGCGGAGCCCUCCUGCGAGGAAGAGGCCCGCUGCAGCUGAUGCGAGGAGGCCGCGCUGGAAGAAGGGCGCCUUCAUCCACGUGCCGGGCGGCGACGACGACGACGCCGCGCCCAUCGACCAGCAGGACAGCGACAAUGAUUAUGAGGAGAAGGAUGUCAUCAUCUGCACCAUCUGCGACAAGCCGGUCAAGGCCGACGAGCGGAGGCGCAGGGCCUGCAGGAUGCACCGCAAGCGCGGCCUCGCCGCGAAGUCGGCCCAGGGCGUCGCCGCGCGGAGCUCCGAGGUUUGCAACAACAUGGGCAAACUGAAGGCGAAUAACCCCGCGAAGUACAAGGCGACGGUGCUAUCCAUGGUCGCUUCAGGUCGCCGUUCGGCGGUGAAGAUGGCCAAGUUCAAGUCUGCCAUUGCGAACGUGAUUCGCAGCGACAGCACGCUCAGGAAGGAAGGGGGCAUGUUUUGCAACAAGCUGCAGUACAUCGCCCACCGGCGCUACGCGAACGGCCACACCGGGAAGAGCGCCCUCAAGACGUGGGCGAAAGACCUCGCAGACAAGAGCGUGUUCGAGCGCAAGAAGGGCGGCCAGAUCAUCGCGGCCGUGCCGAAGUAG